CUUUAUCCCAAACUUCAGAAAAUGAACAAAUCUGAGGGAUUAGUUUCUUUCACGGAUGUGACUGUGGACUUCACCCAGGAGGAGUGGGAGCAGCUGGACCCCACUCAGAAGAUCCUUUAUAUGGAUGUGAUGCUGGAGAAUUACAGCAACUUACUCUCAGUGGAAGUGUGGAAGGCUGAUGAGCAGGCGGAGCGGGAGCACAGAAACCCUGAUGAGCAAGGAAGGCAGGUUGUCGUCUUUAAGAAUCAGAGCCCAGUUGAAGACAGAAGUGACCUCUCUGAGAAAACAUUCGACCUCAGCACAGACUUUGUUUCUUUAAGAGAAGUGCCCUAUAAAUAUGACUCAUAUGAAAAAUCCCUGAAAUACAACUCAGACUUACUUCAAACUAAUAGAAGCUACCUAAGAAAGCAGGUGGACGACGAGUAUGAGGGCUUUGGAAAAGCUCUCCUCUAUCUGAAGCAAGAGAAUGUCCAUGAUGCAGUGGAAUACUCCGACUAUAGUAAAAUCGAGAAAUCCUUCAGUCAUAAGGAAGCCAUUUUUAAGCAUCAAAAGAUUCGAAAUUUGGUGCAGCCUUUUAUUUGUAAUUACUGUGACAAGGCUUUUUCCUUUAAGUCACUCCUCAUUAGUCACAAGAGAAUCCAUACUGGAGAGAAACCUUAUGACUGUAACGUGUGCAAGAAAACCUUCUCCCAUAAGGCAAACCUCAUCAAGCAUCAGAGAAUUCAUACUGGGGAGAAGCCUUUUGAGUGCCUGGAGUGUGGGAAAGCUUUCACUCACCAGUCAAACCUCAUUGUACACCAGCGGGCACACAUGGAAAAAAAGCCCUAUGGGUGCAGUGAAUGUGGCAAGACGUUCGCCCAGAAGUUUGAACUCACCACGCACCAGAGAAUCCACACAGGGGAGCGACCCUAUGAAUGCAGUGAGUGUGCAAAAACCUUCUUCAAGAAAUCAAACCUAAUCAUCCACCAGAAGAUCCACACAGGGGAGAAACGCUACGAGUGCAGUGAAUGUGGAAAAUCCUUUAUCCAGAACUCACAACUCAUUAUACACAUGCGGACACACACAGGGGAGAAGCCCUAUGAAUGUACUGAAUGUGGUAAGACGUUCAGCCAGAGGUCAACUCUCAGACUACACUUACGGAUUCACACAGGAGAGAAGCCCUAUGAGUGUUCUGAGUGCGGGAAGGCCUUUAGCCGCAAGUCCCGGCUCAGCGUCCACCAGAGGGUUCACAUAGGGGAGAAACCCUGAGCCUGCAAACCCUGCUCUGGAGGAGAAACCUCAGGGAGGUUCUUAAGGAACAGGGGAAUUUGCCCCAAGAUACAGAUCAUAAGCUGAGGAAUGGAAAACUAGGGUCUGCUAACAAUGGGAUACUGAAGCCAGCUAAAGAAUGUGUA